UGAGCAGUGAAUGUAAAGCUAUAUAACCUGCAACCUCUUGGGCCCCAAUUUUGCAGUGCCUUAUAAAUGCGUGUAAUUUUAAGUACUAUCAGCACUUCCAUUGACCUCAGUGGGACUACUUACGGUGCUCUAGGUUAAACACAGAUAUACUUUUUCAGGAUGAGAGCCAAAGAUGACUCAUACAAGCGUAUGCAUCAUGGAUUUUUAUCUUUCCACUGCUAUUUGUUGUUGCAACUUAUGGUUUAAUAAAGGUUAAAUAUGUUGAGCUCAACUUCAGGUUCAGUUGUAAAAUAGCCAGUUUCUAUUCUGCACAUUUCAUCUUGCUUGGGCUUAAUGCUUUCUUGAAGAAUUGUGAUGUUGGCACUGUUCACGCUUUAUCCUUUUUGGAUCCUUUAUCAGCUCCAGCAGCUGUUUUGCAUAAGUGUGAUGGUUGAAGAAUAUGGAUUUCGCAAAUCAUUUUAUUUUUCACAGCACUCGGCGGUGAGAGAUCAUUGUCUGCUUAGCAAUAAUGGCUUUUCCAAAAGCGAAAUGUGACAAACAAUUUCUAAUAAAUCGGACCUCGAAGAGUUUAAUAGUAAAAUUCAAUGACCCAUCACCAAUGUUUUAUACAUUAUGCAAGCUCAGUGCAAAUAUAGCGGAGACCAUAUGCAAUUACUGAAGAUAAUUAUCUUAUUCUUAUGAGGGAAAAUGUUGCUGAGUAUUUCUUGUGUUAAAUAAUUGACUGAGGUUCCUAAUGUCAUUUUAGGAGGAGUGUCACAGACACUUGGAAAUCUAACAAUUUAAAUUAAAUAAUUUAAAAUGACAGUAACACAGGCAAAGUACAGGAGGUACUGGAAUUAUUCUCUAAUAAAUCUAAAACAUUAGUUGGGAGGUUAUUGUUUUAGAAGACUGUAAGUUAUUCUGUGUGUUUGAUUCGAUACUGAAGAUGAGGGUUUGUCUUUACUGCAGAGCUAUUAUCACUUGUAACUACAUCAAAUGCGGUUAAGUCAAGUCCCAAUGCAUGCAAAAGCCAUUAAGUGCAGUGGCAUUUUUAACUGAAGGCAGUUGGGUCGUGGAGCGAUGUAUGCAGAAGAUCUGCAACCACAGCUCCUCACUUGCUAGCGCAAGUCGUGACAGAGUCUCAAAUGGCAACUCUGGCAAUCCAAAUGUCAGUGGUCCACAAACUACUAAUGGCGCACAGCCUGCCUUUACGAAAUCUGCACAAGGUUACCAAAAUACACAGGUCAGAUGUCAGCAGUCUUCUGAAGGCUCUGAAACACUCUGAAAAUACUAGGGGUCUAAAAAAGGAAGGUUAAAACCACUCCUUCAAACAGAAGAAUAGUUGUUCAUCAGCAGCAACCUUAGUAUUGGGUUUUUUUCAGACCUGUGCAGUUGAUGUGGCUGGGAUGCUCUUCUCCAGAGGCAGCGGGACUGGUAACACUUUCCCUAAAGUGUAACUGGUGGAAAACAGGAACAAAAGAGGCCUUCGUACUGUUUUUAACCAUUUAGCUGUGGGAAAGUAGCUUCUUCAGCACAACGGUAUAAUUGAGUUCUCAGCGCUGGUCUCAUGUUAAAUGAAUGGACAAGAGGCAUGAUAGAAAACAGAGUGGGGCCAAUAAAAAAUAAAGAGGGCAGAUGAAGGGAUUGCUGUUUACAGGGAAACAAAUGGAGGGCCUGUUUUCCAGUUUCUCCUGCAGGAUUCAGUGGGUGAGUUGGUUAGUCAAGCUUGAAGGAGAGUUGAACACAGCUGUCGUCUUUGCCUUCUUUGUUAAACUGGUUUUGGCAAUAACCACAACAGAAAUGGGUCAGAUACCAUGUUUCUCAUUGGAUGUCAAGUCUGGAAUCUGGUUUGACCUUCAACAAAUUAACUUUAACUGAAAAAAAUUCCUAGUCUGGGUAGUGUGUUAUCAGCAAAUUUUCCCAUUCUUCAAUAUGCUUAAUUUUUCUCUGCUGAAAACACAGUUAGUACAAAUCACCUGUAUUUAUUUAUAUUACGUUAUUUUUCAUAAGUGACGGGAUUUCUGUCUCCUUUAGGCAGUGUUAACUAGUGAUUCUGGAAGGAUGAGAAGUGUCUGCAUUAUUUAUUAAGAACAUUUAUUAAGAAAAUUUAUUCCUUUGUAUUGCAAUAUUUAUGAAAUUCAACUCUACUAGCAUUUGUUAUUGGUAGAAGAAAAGGAGAUAAAUUCAAAGUCACAGUCAAUGGGGUGAAGUGAGAUUCUUUAAGAUAACUUUUUGGCUUGUGGCUUCUGUACUCUGUAAAUUGUUUUUUAGGGCUCUGGAGCAGUCUAGAUGGAAUCGUAACUUCAGGGAAUGCAUAUUGGGUUAGAAAGUUUCUUGAAUCAAGCUUCCAGGAAGAUUGAUUACAGAUUUUCUCUUAUCGGUGUCAUCUCACUUUGUUACAAGUUGGUUUUAUUCUGGCUUUCAAAAAAGGAAAAUCCUUGUGUGCAAAGAACAUAAAAGUAAAGGCUGUAUCCUAAUGUCUUAAAAUAUCUUUUGUGCACGUUAAUUUGAAGAGUGUUAAUUCUGUCCCUAGACAAAACAAUUUUUCAAAUUGCUGUGAAAUAUGGGGCAGCAUUUGGGUAGAGAAGAUGAUAAACAAGACCACUGCGAUGUAGCAGCAUAAAGUAAAAGAUUUUCAACAGGGUCUUACUGUAAAACAAACAAGAAAAAAGAGGCAGAGUUAGAAAAUACAGCAGCAGCAAGAGAGGUUGCAAAAAAGGAAGUAUGUUUAGACAUUGGUGUCCUGCUAUUCAGAAAGGGACUUCCUCUCUGUGGCUGCAGAUAACUGCCAAGAGAGUUUUCCCAACACAAGAAAUUAUGAGCAUAUUAUGUGAGCAUAUUUAGACAUCUAACACCGAUCGUGCCUCUAAAAUCAAUUGGAUUUCCAGUUUCCACUUCUAAUAUUGAUGGUCUUGAAAGUGCAUUUGGAUCCACGACAUCUUCCAUCACUGAACAAAUCAAGAGCCUCCUCUCCUAUCUCAGAGCAAUACAGACAGCUUAAUAUCAUAUGACCUCAUUUCUCCAAAUUAAAUGAAAAAAGAAUUUUCUCUAGCUUUCCAUGAAGCUCAGCUAUUGCCUGUUAAUUUUGACUGUUAGUGCUGAUCUUUCAAUUGGAUUUACACCAGAAAAUGUAGCUUUUAACAGGACAGUUGCUUUUGGGUCUUUCAAUGCAUCACUUCAUACAGUGUCUCAAGCUUUAGUAAGUUCUCCAGCACACCAUGAUAUCAUAGCCAAAGAGGGGACCAGUAUUUUAAUUGAAUGUAGACUGAACAUCAGCCAGUAUGAAUAUAUUCUUUGGUAUAACUCCAGAGGACAUCUGCUUGAACAGAAAGAUGAAGGUGGCCGGUGGAGGAUUGCCGAUAAUUCCCUUAACAUCACAAAGGUCAACUUUGCUGACCGGGGGCGAUAUACAUGUGCAGGUGUUAAUCGUAAUGACACCUUGUAUUACACAGUCACCCUGAGGGUUAUCUUCACCUCAGGAGACAUGAGUAUUUACUACAUGAUUGUGUGCCUCGUUGCCUUUGCUAUCACCCUCGUUUUAAACAUAACCCGUCUGUGCAUGAUGAGCAGUCACCUCCGCAAAACAGAGAAGGCUAUCAAUGAAUUCUUCAGGACCGAAGGGGCUGAGAAGCUUCAGAAGGCUUUUGAGAUAGCCAAGCGUAUCCCUAUCAUUACAUCUGCCAAAACACUAGAGUUGGCCAAAGUCACUCAGUUUAAGACCAUGGAGUUUGCUCGGUACAUUGAAGAGCUUGCCAGAAGCAUUCCCCUUCCACCUCUGAUCCUUAACUGCCGGGCGUUCAUGGAGGAGAUCUUUGAGGCUGUGCGAGUUGACGAUCCCGAUGAAGUUGGUGAGGAGGAAAAACAGACCCAAACCUGCGGUACCCAAGCUGCGAUAUACCCCAUCAACCCGGAGAUCAAGCGCAGCGAUUCACCAGCCGGGGAUUCAGACGAUGGGUCCAUGAAUGAGCAAGGUCAAGAGAUAGCCGUUCAGGUGUCCAUUCACCCACAGUCAGAAGUGCAGAGCAUUGACACUGUUUCUCACGACAGCUGCCAGUUUGCGCCUUCUGAGGAAGGCACCUGCUGAAUCCAGCGAUAUGCUGUUGUGAAGGAAGCACAGGUGACUCUAGGAUACUGCAAGAAAGGGGUCUGCAAACAAGCUGCCUCAGUCCCAUAUGCACAAGUUUUCCAAAUUGCAAGGUGCCAGAACUGCUACUGAAAUCUGUAUUUUCCGCCAGUGUUGAUCUAACGAUUUCAAGUCUGUUAGAGAAGGCCAUUUGGAAUAUUGUGCAGUGGCUUUUCUUUUUAAAGCAAGCUUGCUAUACUUAAAAUAUUUACAAAACAGGAAUUCUUUGUCCUUGGCUCCUUGGUAGCUUCUGAUACUUCUGAUCUGUAUUAGAAGUGGCCAAGCUGAGCAGUACAACUUGCAAUAAGAUCUUUUCAUUUGUGAAAUCUUUCUUCCUUCACAAAGUGAGCCAGAAUUCCUUUGAGUCAGUGUUGUUGUCCUGAUGAAUUGUGUACUCUUUUUUGAAUUGCCUCUUGGUGCGUGUAGCCCAUCAGAACCAUGGUGAGCCUGAACAAAUCUGUUUUGUGUCGUGUGCUUCUAUAUUGCUAUCAAAAUGUACUGUACUUCGGAAAAGAAUAGUACCAGGAUCUGCUGCUGGAUUAAACGAACUGUAGUUUCAAAGCAGCUUAGAGAACAACCAGGGGGUCUCAGUUUUCCAUGCAUCUGUAGAAAACUUGCGCGUACUCUAGUGCGUGGAGAGCGAAUUGUUGUUACAAAGCUUGUUGCUUAAACUUGGUGCUGAUUACCAAAGCGCCUUACCCUGGUUCUGUCUUACAGAGUGGAGCAGUAACAGCACUGCCAGCACUGUCUGCCUUUUGACUUUGCUGAUUUUACUCACUAUAGAAAAUCCAAAGUUUUAUAUUGUAUUUGACAUUGUUGUGAGAAAACAAUGACAGUAAUACGUAGUGGCAUAAUUUAAAAAUGAAUUCAUCUACAGAUCAGGUGUCUCAGGCACUUCUUUCUGAACAACAUUAUAAUAAAGGAGGUGAAAAGUAGUGAUACUUGCUUUGCUCUGGCUAGUGCUUUCAGAAAGCAGUGGAAGAGGGAGUGGUUAGCAGAGGGGCUGGCUGAGCUGUUUGCCAGCCACUGUUUACAGGAGUGGAGUAACUCGCUGAACGUGCCCUGUCUCAUCUGCUGAAGAGGUGUGGCAGAACGGAGAGAUGCGGGUGCUGACAUACCUACACACAUAAGUGCUUCACCAAGGAUCUCCCGCAUGGCUUCCUCAGCUGUAGAGAUUCAGCCUUGAGGAAUCAGAGUGCAGUCAAGAACCUAGUUUCUUUUUUCACUCUUUGGUGCUGAUUUUUUUUCUCCUUAACAUUUGUAAGUUGUAUCACUUAAAUAGCAUUUUAUAUCCUGUUGAGAUUUAGUAGAUGUAAGGCUUGUAAGCACGCCACAAAUUAAUUUCUUACAACUACUGGAAGCAUAUUGCCAUAUAAUUUUAACAACUUGGCAACAAGAGCACCAUUUAAUUUCCCACAACUCUUUUUUCUUUCCUUAUUAUUACAGAAAUGUCAGCUGAACAAGUGAUUCUGGACGGCUGCUCAGGAUUCUUAAGAGGAUUUGAUAUUACAUUUACAUGAGUAGAGAUGGAAAACAAGCAGGCACAGUGGUAAUAACAGGGUGGGGCCGUCUGUUGUAACGCACGCUUUUAGCAAAGGGUCUGAACAAAUUAUAUUUAUCGUAUCAUAUUAGAGAAUGGGAAACCGAAGCAUUUAUUACGAUUUUAAACUACCUUCUGGGGAAAGUUCUGCAGUCAGCGACCACUAAUGCAGCCUAGCUGGCUUUGGCAUAUUGGAUAAGAGUGGUGUUUGUCAGGAAGGAAGAAAAUUGCUAGCCUUGGUUAUAAUACUAUUCCCACCAGCUUGGUACCAUUUUCAAGACUGUAGCAAACUUUAUCUGCUUCAGAGGAAUAAAGCCUUCUGUAGAUACUUACAGUAGCCACUGCACGCAAGAGUAACUCUUUUUUGCUUCCAUAGUUUGAUGGCACUUUAUGUCCAGGUGAAAAGUUUGUAUAGUUUUGUGUAACCUGUCUGGUUUCUUUAAGUUUUUUGAGGUGAUCAGUGUUAAAGAUACUCUUGUGGAUAAAUGUCUAGUUCUCUUAGAAGCCUUGCUAAGAUGCUGCUGGCUUCACUUCUGUACUACAACAAGCUGUGCAGGUUUGUUGCGCAUGGAUGAGUGGAGAUUUGGGGGUUUGCACCAUUUUGGAUGUCCUAGUUGAAAAAGGUGAAGGCUAUACGAGGGAAUGAACUGUUUUAAUCUCCUUUGUGCCACAGGGCAUCAGGAUUGUACCUGCACCUGCCUUUUUUCCCCAUAAACAGCUCGCCUUGCUUCUGUGAAACUGUUGCACUAUAUGCGGCAGUAGCAUCUUGGACAUUUUACCCUGAACUACAUACGCAAUGUAAAGAUGCAGCUACAAAAUCAAAGCUCCAUUUAACUGCUUGCUAAGAAGCAGUUAUGCGAUUGUGAUUGACAGAUGUCUCACCAGAAAUGGCAGCUUACAGGCAGCAGAAUGACACUAGAGGUGUGUCAGAUGGGUGUCAGGAGAGGAGUUUCUAGAUUAAUUCAAUCUGUUCUUUGAUUUUCAUACUUUAUUUACAUAGCUCCAAGUUCUUACUAAGCACAGUUAACGUGGUGUCUUUGUGUGUCCUGUUGCUGGUGGAGAGGAAAGAAUGAUCAUGCAUAAAGGUCCUCAGAAAUGCAGUUGCAGUGUCAAUUGCUGGAUAGUAAAGUUAAGAGUUUUGCUGAAUUAUUACAGUAUUUUGUUCGCUAAAUUAAUUUCAUUCCUGUUUCGUAAGGAUUUCAGUAGAUCAGGAGUACUUAUUAAAUGUAGGAACUGAUCCUAUUCCCACUGAAUUCAAUUAGAGCAGAUUUGAAGCUCUGGUGUAUUUUACAAAUGAUAUUACAGGAUUUUUAUGCAUCUGAAAACAAGGAUGGUGGUGAUGUUUCACUGUAAAUGUAAUUUCCAGAGAAUGAAACCUGACACUAGUUUCCAAACAACUUGUGAACUAUUCUUCUUACCCUAAGUAGAUGUGUGCACUUAAAUUUGUUUGAUGCAUCUAAUUGAACAUUAACAUUGAAAGAUGAUGUAAAGUGUUUCUCUCUUAACUUUUUCUAGCACAAGGAGGGUCUACAGUGGUUUCCUUGCUUUAAACUAAAUUCUUUGACAAUCACAAGGCUAUUUUUCUCUUCUUUGUGACUUAUUUUUAUUUUAAAUAAUGUUAAAUCUACUUGUUACCCAAGAGUACCUAAGACUAACUUUGUACUGGUUAUUUGUAUUACCUGGAUUGUAAUGUAACUGUUUAAUGUAACCACACAGGAUUUCAUACUUUCAUAUAAUGAAUUGGUAGAUUUGCAAAAUAAACUUUAAAAAAAGC